GGUUUGGUUUUUAUCAUGAAUAGUGAUGGUGCAGUUGCAUUAGUCCUAGUGAGUGGAGAGAAGGCACUUCAACUUGGAUUGCAAGUAAUUGCAAAGAUUAAGGGCUAUGCUGAUGCAGCUCAGGCACCUGAAUUCUUUACAACUGCUCCAGCCCUUGUGAUACCAAAAACUAUUUCAAAUGCUGGUUUAGAUGCUUCUCAGAUUGAUUACUAUGAAAUAAAUGAAGCGUUUUCUGUAAGAUUUUAGUACUUGUAAUCCCUAUACUGUGAGUUUGGAGAAAACUAGA